AUAGAGGAAAUUUCAAAAAUCCGAAAGUAGGUGUACCAGGUAAUGGUUACGUUUAGAAGGUGGCCGUGGAGCUAGAUCGAGAAGAAUAGAUGGAUGGAUGAUGGUCACUGGUGGUGUGACUGGAUUUGCUCAUGAUGUGAACUGAUUUCUGAGCCCAAAGCCGCUGAUAGUGAUCAUGAUUAUGGUGAUACUGUAGUGACUGCCUCUCACUGAUAGUUUUUACAGGGUGCCCACACUUUUAUCAUUGUCCAACGCCUUGCCCGCUUCGGGCGUUUUACUUUUUACUGAAGUCGAUAGUUUCCUUUUUUUUCUCAUCAUUAGUCCACACUAGCAUAACUACUACUAGUACAUGUACUUCCCUCGUGGAUAGAAUUCGGAGGCUGCUGUAUCAAACUGCAUGUCACUAUCGUGGAGUUACCCAUAAUAUUCGAUCUGGGAGACAGUUGUUUUCUCUACGUCAUUGUCCAGUGGACCCCGGAUUUGUUUAGCCUGUUUCUCAGGCUGCAUUGCUCACCUGUGCAGACGAAAUGCACCGGCGACGAGUGGUAUGACAUGAAUUUGUGCACUUCACACACGCACAUGCACACUCACACUCACCUACGCCCGCCCGGACACCAGACUGGUCUGGUCAGCUCACCACACCCUGCCUCGUACCGAGCAAGUCCUAACCGGUAGCAACCGAGUCGCAAUUAAUUGCCACAAUGCAGUCUGGCGGUGGCGCAUUCGACGUGCGCAAGUCCAUUAGCAAGUAUGACGGCCUGCACGAGAAGCUGUGGGCACGGAGUCGCGAUGCCGUGCUCAAGAGGAAUCGCAUUGACGCGUCCGAGUAUCGCAUGAUGGAAGCAUGCAGCAAUGAGGAGGAGCGCCUGUACAAUCGCCGCCUGUGCGAUCUACGCAAGCGGGCACUCGACUACAGCAUCAAGGAGCUGGCCAUUGAGAUAUCACACGUGUCUGAUGUUCUCGAGUCUCUGCGACAGGUGCAGGCAGCCCAGGACACUGGCUCGACGAGUGUUGAUGAGUCGAGGCUGUCUUCCCUGGCGUUUGAGCGCUACGAGGAAUGGGCAGGCUCCAGUCACGAGCUGUAUGCGUUGCGCUCUCAGGCGUUGGAGGUGGCUAGCGAGAUCAUGCGUGUGCGAUCACAGCGGCCGAAGACACCGGACAACAUGUUGACGCAAGAAAACGACAUCAGCAUGGUGUUGGGACGGAUGCGAUCGCACACUAGAUCUUUCACGUCGUCCACGGAUGAGCCCGACGGCCUGGCCGCCGACGCCACCGCCGACAUUCAGAUGCAGAGCAUGCCACGCCCUCCGGCAUCGGGCAGGGAGUGGUGGGAGCGUCUGCUCGACACCAGCUCGCGCAAGACACCUCAGCAGACCUAUCUGAAGGCUCUGUUCAACACCAGCGGUCACGUGCAGUCCUUUGAAGCUCGAAAGAUACUGGAAUACGUUGAAGAGUGCGAGCGGUUCUCUGCCACUGUGCUUUCACGGCGCUCCACGGCGAGCUGCCCGGGCGGCAGCGGGCUGGACAUGUCGCAGGCAAUGCCGGCCAAUCACGCGCCGGCUGCUGGUGUGGCAGUGGCGGAGCAAGACGGCGGUAGUGGGGUACUGUCGGCACACGGCAUUGAGCCGCGCCGCUUCCACGAGUUCAUGGCGGCCAUGAGCUACUACGUCGUGGAGCAGCAGCGCGAGCUGCACAACGAGGAGUGGGACGAGGAGGAGGUGCAGCUGAUUCUGGAGGAGCAUGUAAUGUCUUCUGUACGGCCCAUGGCAAAGGCAUACACUGCAAAACGCUCCGAAGAUGCGAAGAUCAAGAAGAAAUGUGAGAUGCUGGCCUUUGCUACACAAGAACAACUGGGCGUUCCGAAAGAAUACAUCAGUACUGAAUUGGUUCCCUUCUAUGAAGCUAUAGCUUUGCUACGGUCCAUGUUUUUUGCUCUGACGCCCAGCAAGAAGCUGUUUUGUGUUGCUUCUGCAGCCAAUGCUGUUUUCGAGCAGCUCAGCAACGUAGGUGUGGAUUUGAGGAAAGUGGGAGCAGAUGUCUUCAUGGAUGUUUGGGUCUACGUGAUCGUCAAGGCCAAUGUAUCUGAUCUGGUUUCCAACAUGGCGUUCAUGUCCGAGUACGCGGUGAGGAGUCUGUCAACAGGCCAGGCAGGCUACUUCCUAGCCAGUCUCCAGGUCGCCACGUCUGCCAUCUUGCGCAUCGACCCGUCCGCGCUACUGUCGGCAACGGACAGUGUUGGUAGCAUCGUUGUCUGCCAGAGAGAAAAGUACUUGCAGCUCGCCCAGCAAAGUGUCAGCCAUUUUGAAGUCGUGUCCCCAUGCCAGACUCUCGUCGGGUACAGGAUGUGUGCUGUACGCGAGUGGAUGCUUAAUGCUACCAAGUUCUACAGUGUGGUGCUCAGGCAUACACCUGAUGACUCGGAUGCAGUAGUCAGUGUCGCCGUCGUCAAAUUCAACAUGAAGACAGUCACACCGCCGCAGCUGGAGUUUCUGAAGAAGAUCUUCCUCCCUAGUGACGAGCCAGACUUCUACGUAAUGGAUACGCCGCUGGGAAAGGCGGUCUGUGUGAAGGACGAUGUGUCGUCCAUGUCGCUUCUGGAGCUCGACUGCCAUGACUAUGAACAAGUGGAACAGUCUUUGCUGGACGGUCUAGCCAUAGAAAGACUAGGUGUGUCCAGCAGUGAUGGCUGUCUCGGUUCACGUGCAACAACAACAUCGUCAUCAUCAUCGGAUGAGUCAGCGGUGGCAACGGUGUCAAGCGCUGGCCCGUUCAAACGCUUCUCCCCAGCGUGUAUCUCUAGUCUCGAAGUCAACUUCCGUAGGGAGUACUCAGUACUCGCAGACCUCUCACUCCAUGAUGCCAUCUCGUCGGUGGUUAAGGUUGUGCAGAGUGUUUGCCACCACUUGGAACAUCUCAGUUCGCUGGCAUGUGUUGAUGGUGUUUACAGUGACCUGCUGUACGAGGCUGUGAAAUCAUUCAAGCAUGCUCACAAAGAGGCCAAUGCUGCCAGUGGAGCGUGUUCUGACUGGAGCGACGACGGAGUUCUGACACCACAGGUGUUUGCGGCGAUGAAAGCUACUCUGAAUGCGUACAUGUCUGACUUAGCAAAUCUCGGGUUUCUGCUUCCGUACGGCAUGAGUUCAUGCGACACUAGCGAGCGUGUAAGAACGCACGUCCGGCAGGUGAUCAGCAGCUGCCAGCGUGGCUGGCACUUGCCCGUUCACAUCCACGGCAGCUUGGGCAAGAAGACGAGGGAUGAGAUCAAACGUCGCAUGGCUAUGCUGAACAACUUACGGCCGGCGGCCAAGUCGAAAAGCAACAGCCGCUGAACACAGAUCUUUCCACUUUUUUUGCCAGCUUUCACUAUUUCAGAUCAGACCCAGAGAGGCAUAUGUGCCUUGAUCCAGGAGGGUGAUGGCGUUCCUGUGGAUUAGGAAAACUCGGCUUUCAGCCGAGUCUCACGCGAACCGUGAUUUUUUCACUAUUUAUUGUACCCCGCGGCAGUAUUUAUUUUUAUCGAUAUUUUCAAAGUCCCGGUAUUUUAGUUCACGGUAAGUGUGUGGAUGUUCUAUUCGAGAGAGACUACAUGUAUUCGAGAGAGACUACAUGUAGUCCCUAAUGCGUGUCGAUGGAGAUUUGUUGUAGCGAUUAUUCUACUUCUGAUAUUAUUAUCAAAACGAACUUUACGUCCUUGUUUUCAGUAUACCCAACUCGCCCUUGAUCGAUGAAAAUCACUUCUUCGUACGUUUACUUUCUUAUUAAAUACGGUACCUUUGUAUGGGCGUAGUAUUUCUGCAGGGUAUUUUUUCGUCUUUCCUAGGCCAUCGUAAUUUUAUUGUGUAUGUGUAUUAUCAUUCUACCUCAGCUUAUGUAUUGGCGUUGGUGCAGACACUAGUGUAGAGUAGAAGCUGCUUUUGACAGAUUUUACCUAAUUUUUAAUUUUCGACUGUUCUUCUGCGCCGUGGUGAUGCAGUUUCAACUUAUUUUUCUAGAAUAGACGUUGCACGGAUUUUACACGAUGCUGUAUGCUCAGAUCCUGGGAGCUGGUCUCCCUGAUGAUAUGCGAGUCGUAGUAAUUAUAGGGAAUGCUCUGUUAUUUUUCGCAUUCUGGUAUGGUGAUUAGUUUCAAUUUGUGUUCUGGAAUUGGCCGUUUAGAUUUCA